CCUUAUAUUUUGAUCGUGAUGUGACUCGAGUAUUGAAAAUGUUUCGCACAUCAUUAACUGAUGGCUUACCCGCAACCGAAAUACCAGUACUAUUGAAACACUAUGGAUCUAAUCAACUACCUAAACCUCCAAAAACCUCCAUCCUUAAUAUGAUACUUAAUCAAUUAAAAGAUUUUAUGGUAUUAAUAUUGAUAGCUGCGGCAAUUGUUACUGCGGCAUUAAGUGACUUUAAGGAUAUGGGUGUACUGUUAUUUGUUAUCGUUCUUAAUACCAUAAUCGGAUUUACACAAGAAUACAAAGCAACAAAAGCUUUAGAGGCUUUACAAAAACUAUCUGUUCCAAAAGCUCAAGUAGUGCGUGAUGGUCAACAAAUGAUUAUUGAUUCCUCACAACUUGUUCCGGGUGAUAUAGUUAUUCUUGAAGAAGGUGAUGCAGUUCCUGCUGAUGUGCGUAUUGUAGAAUGUUCACAUUUAGAAGUUAUCGAAUCAAUCUUGACUGGUGAAAGUCUUCCGGUCAGCAAAAAUACUAAAAAAAUUUGGACAGCGACAAGGAAUCAUCCAUUAGGUGAAUGCAAAGGAAAUGCAUUCAUGUCAACUACAAUUGCCAGAGGUCGUGGUAAAGGAGUUGUAGUUAGAACUGGGAGUGACACUGAGAUUGGGAAAAUUAGUGCUGCUAUAACUUCAGUUAAACAAGUCAAAACCCCAAUUCAACGUAAAUUGUCAAAAUUAGGGAAAUGGCUGGUUUUACUUGCUUUUGUUUUGUGCAUUCUUGUUGUGAUAAUAGGAAUUGCAUAUAGACAUAAUGCAAUAACAAUGGUUUUUAUUGGUCUAAGUUUGGCCGUCUCUGUUAUUCCGGAAGGUCUAGUGGCU